CAGAUAGGUAUAUUAAUCGAAAUUUGAAAAAAUGUAACAAACCGGAAAUCUGAGUUUGCUUCAUUGAAAUCGAGCUCAUGUUUAUAAUAAUAAUUUUAGUGAAGCACAAAAAUUGGUUCCUCUUGAUAUAAGGAAAAUUGCUUUUUAGUUUUUUUGAUCUUAUUUUCCUUAAGUUGAAUUUAUUUCAGUUUACAUUUUAAUUCAGAUGAUUCUUGUGCUUGUCUUAUAAGCUCAAUAAUCUCUCAGUUUCAAUUAAUUUUUUCUAAGAUGGCUUUGCCAGAAUACAUACCUUUUAUUUUUAAAUAUUAUAUAAAAUUCGUUUAAAAAACACGUUCACAUUAAAAUUUAUACAGUUGAAAAUAACUAGUAGCCAUACAGCUCGCCACAAUAUCUUGUAAAUCAUGCCAUACUACCACCAAAUUAAUUCCUUUAAGCACUUAGUUCCGCCGCCGAACGGACUUUUUGAGACCCUCAAUGAAUAUUCGCCAAACAUUAAUUAUGUAGAUUUGAGGACCCCGAAAAAGGAAGAAAAAAUAGUGGGCGACCAGGAAUUGGCCUUCUUUUUUCUAACGGAAGAUAUAACGAAACCAAAAGCGAAGAAAUCCUGCACUUAUGGCGAGCACUGUUUAGCCCGCCCUCUCAUUCCGGUGACAGUCAACUGGGACAACAGCUGUGUUACCCCAACAAUUGCUCCCUGCCUGGGUCUUUGGAAUGCCCUCCUUAGGUUCAGCUUCAACUUCCUGGGCAUUUUUCAAAAUGAGUGCGAUAUGAGCGACGGACGAUGCUGGGCUUCGGGAAUCGAAGACUAGCACCUUUUUUCUACAACAAAAGGAUCUACUUACAAUCCAAGUCAUUGCUAACAUUUUUUAUAGAAAGUAUUCCAUAAAACUACUGUAGGAAUAAGCCUAAUUGAAUUGUUUAUUGGUUAAGUCAGAAAAGCGCGGAUUUCUUUACCCACACAGCAGAUUGGUGGCUGCGACCCAGGUGCAUGUAGUGAUGGAGACUGGGACGGAGUCUGUCUGCUGUAACACGAACUGAAAACCUAAGACUGAAACUUUACUAUUGACCUAAUUUAAGAUGCCGACGACAGCAGCGAAGACAAGACAAAAGACAGAUCAGAGACCUAGACAGAGGCUGUCAUAGCAGCUGGCUUCAGGC